GUUGUGAAACAGUUCAGCUUGCAUCUACUCUAACUGAUCACUCUAUUGUCAUCCUAUAUAUCGAAAACUUCUUAGAUGUUAAAAAUAAUAAGAGAAAUAUUCCUUUGAAAAAGGUUUACGACUAUGACAAAAUGACUGAGGAUAAUUG